AUGGUCGGUGGAAUGGGUAGCAAGGGCGAUGGUGAUGCCCUACACCACCCACAAACUCAUGCAUCCCAUCCACAAGCGCAGGUGCAGAAGGCGGACUUGGAACCGACUGACCUGCGUUCUAGGCGACUCUCCUUCCCCUUCACGUAUGUGUUCCGAUUGCUUGCCCCUUAUCCUCCUGAAGUCCACCUGUGCCUGCUACACGGUGCAUAAUAUCGGCUCGCAAAUGCUUACCUUCUAGCUCUUGGGCGGACAUUUCGUCGAUGUCGCCAGCUGUAUCGCCUGACCCCUGCACUACUGAGCACUAUCAGCAGUCUGGAGGCGACGGCGACGGCGGCGACGGCGACGGCGGCAACUUAUCGAAGUCCUUCUCAAUGGUCUCCUUCUGUCACAGCCUCUACGAGGACGAGGAUCCCCAGAUGAGCAUGGCGGCGAAGCAGUGCAAGCGCUGUCAGUUUCUUGAAGCUCGCGCAGCUCUCACUGAGCGUACGUGUACUCCUCAUUUGAGUCCCGCCUCCAUUGGCAUCUUUCAUGUCACAGCACCGCCUACCUCCGAUGCUGUCCUCCAAUUCUGCAUUUAGGGAUGAAUCAGCUGUCGGCAAGGCGGCCACCCAGGGUGCCGAGUCCCUACCCCGUCCACACCUGGGACGAGGACUCACUUGCCAGCAGUGAGUUGACCGUCGUCUCCAGCCUGUCAAGGUCGCAGUCCUCGUCUCCAUCGGGGACACAGGCAGGUGUUCAGAAGGAACAGGUAAACGCGUGCGACUUGCAAUCAGCCCUCAACUGUAAGUUGACAAUCCUCUGGGUUGAUGCGAGUUCCACUUUUUUGUCUUUUCACAUGCAGCGUUUGCAUGCUCUUUUAGUUGUUCCUCCCUGGCAGAUUGGCAACCGUGGGCGGAGGACUGUGAGUUAAGGCUGAGCUCUGACUCUGCUUUGUGCAUUGUUACACCGGAAAGAUUACUGUUGUGAUUCACUUCCUUCUUCAUUUUAGGAGUUGUGGCAUUGGAGAAGACGGAUCUGCAACACACUUCGCCGAAUGUCUUGUGGCAUCUGUAGAGUUCCCCAUAGAUCUAGGUGUAAUAGGUAGUUCUUGUUGUAUAUAUACCUGUAAGACCUCAUUUCAGAUUAUUUAUCUCUUUCUCCUGUAAUUCGAUAUUCUGUGUGAGGUGGAGAUUGCGGUUAUGGGGGGGGGUGAUUAAAUUUGAUGGAUUCUCAAGGGGACUGUUGCAAGAUUCUGGAAUGCUAUUAGUAGUCUGUGUGAUUAUGAAUGUUAAGGUGAUAUAGGUUAGUGUUAUUGGGUUUUCCGGUUUCGCGUAGUAGGCUUGAUGACGCAUAGGUCUGCUUACUGAAGACGUUUAUUCAUGUGCCUAUUCCCGUAUUAUUAGGAGGCAUAAUAAAAUUCAGUAUCGAGUUUUUCUCAAAACUCAUCGGCUUGCCUAACUUCGACCGAUCACUAAUUUUGUGCAUUUAUAAUGGAAGUAUCAAUCUCUUGUCUUUGAUGCGUUGACGACACUAUUGUAUGCAGUAGGAGGACAUCUGCACACAAGUCUCGUGAUUCACUUAACUGCACCUUUCUUAGAACUAGAUUCAGAGUAGAAGAAGAGGUUGGGCGGAAUGCUUCGGUCCUAGGUGUACCCUCGUGAACAAUGAACGAAACCACGCACUGCGGACAGUACUCAGUAGGAGAGCUAAUGACAACUUCAGGCUUCACAUUAACCCACCAUUUGUGGACCGAAUAGAUUGUGUGAAGACUCCGCAUUCGAGAACACACAGACACUGCAGCAUUGCAAAACCAAACAACAGUCACCUUCAUUGUCUGUCAUCAAGCCAAAAGGGACGGUUAAUCAGGGCCUUCAUUAUCUUGCAUACGAGGCAUACAUUAACUUACAAAGAACUGUCUCGAUGGUCAGAGAAUGCAUCGCAAAAACGGUUUACAGAACUAUGUCUGAUCUGUCUCUCAUUUCACUAACACUACCUUUAAGAACACCAACCAGAACACCCCUAACAUCCUGCGAGACAUUACCGUCACUGCCCCUACCAAGAACAGUGUGAAGCCGAUUUAG